UACUGAAGGUCUUUUUGGAAUUCCAAUUGCCGUUCGAUCCAGGACAACUACCUCUCCAGGUAUUAAUAAUUUGAUAUAAUUAAUUUCAUAUAUAUUAUGUUACUAUGUUAUUGCUAAUAAUAACAUAAAUUUUACAGCUGAAUGGUGGAGUCUAUUUGGAAAUUCCACCCCGAACUUACAGAAAUUUACUGUCAAAGUACUUAGUUUGACAUGUAGUGCUUCGGGUUGUGAGCGAAACUGGAGUGUCUUUGAGCAUAUUCACUCGAAGAGAAGAAAUUGGUUAGAACAUCAACGAUUGCACGAUCUUGUUUACAUAAAGUAUAAUCAAGCUUUGAAGACUCGUCAUGAUUUGAAAAAUAGAUUUGAUUCAAUCUCAUUGCAAGAUAUUGAUGAUUCAAAUGAGUAGUUAGUAGGAGAAAUGAGUGCUAACUUGUAAGAUGCUGAAGACGAGCUUGUAUUUGAAGAUGAUAGAUUGACGUGGGGAGAUGUGGCAAGAGCUUCAGGUGCUGGAGAAUUACAAAUGUAAUAUCCCAUUAGUCCCACAUCGGAAGUGGGGAAUGUGUAUGAUUAGCUUAUAAGGGCCUGAUCAGUGUACUAUGAUAAACUCCCACUUAAGCAUUUUGGUCCGCUAGGUUAUGUCGGGCCUUGACGAGGACGUCAAGCUAGGCUCCUGCUAUUGUUGAAGACAUAGAGAAUGAAACAUAUCUUGAUGAAGAGGAAGGAAUCGAAGAACAAGAGGAAGAAGACGAAUUCAAUGAAGAUGAUUUGUGUGAAAAUGACGAUAAUAUUGAUUAUGAUAAUAUUUUUAUAUUUUAGCGCCUCGCUUCGCUCGGGCGAGCGCCUAGCGCCUCGGGCGUUUUUGGACCUUGGCGCCUUUUGACGCCUAGCGCUUUUUAAAUCACUGGUUUAAAUAUUUUCAAUUUUAGAAAAGGUGCAAAUUCAACAGUUGCUUCCAAAAAUAUGGUGGUUAAAGAGUCACGGAAAAGGUUAAGACAAGUGCUAUGAGCAUAUCAGGAAAGCUGUUGAGGCAAGGUUCAACAAGUUGUUGACUGAGAUGAAUUUGAAGAUCUAAAAUCUGCCCUAGAGGAAGCUAAAAUGAUUGGCGAUGAGCUUGCUGAUAUUUAUGAUUAUGUGGCCCCUUGUUUUCCACCAAGAUUGGUAUGAGGGCCUGGGAACCGAGUAUUUGAUUGCGACAUUUGGUGAUUAUUUCAGAGACAUCAAAAUGUAUAUUGAAGACAGAUCAUUCAGGAGAUUUGUUGAAUCUUGCCUGGAAGAAACAAUAGUGGUUUAUGUUGAUCAUCUGCUUACACAGAGAAACUGUAUUAGGGAAGAAACUAUUGAGAGGAUGAGACUAGAUGAAGAGGUACUAUUGGAUUUUUUCAGGGAGCACCUUAGUUUAAGAAAAGUUGAAAACAGAGUCAGGAUUCUGAGUGACCUAAGGGAGCUUGGUUCAGCUGAGUGCUUGGACAGUUUUACCCUUAUUUACACAAACAUUCUUGAACAUCAAGCAGAUUGCCCACCUGAAGUUGUUGAGAAACUUGUUGCAUUGCGGGAGGGCAUACAAAGAAAGGAAGCCAAGGAGGUAAAAUAGUCAUAUCAUAUUCCAUCAGUACAGCUGCUGUUUUUCAUGGCUUUUAAACAUUUUAUUGUUUAACAGCCAAAAACGUCUAUAUUUCACCUAAGCAUACUGCAUAUGAUAUUGCAAACCACAUUGAAAUAUGUUCUUCAUGAGUGAGGUAGGUAUUGUAGGGGUAGAGUUUGCUAUCAACCGAUGGUUUGUCUUAACAUCUACAUGGCAGUUAGUUAGCCAUCAUUACAAUUCAAAGCUUAAGUUGUUGAAGUUACGGGCCACUCUAAUAUAUGCAAUACCCUAUUAUCACUAAGCAAUGUGGGACGAAUCAUUUGGCUUUCUCAAUUGAUAUUAUGCUUCCUAUUAUAGCACAGUCUAUUUGUCCUGGCCGUCCAUCAUGUUGCAGCCUAUCUUGACCAAACUUGCAUUCUAGCUCAGUUAUUCUACAUCAUCUUGGUCAUCUGGCUCUUUUAUAAUAUUAUAUCAUUGGUUUGGGUUGAGAUGUUUGGCUAGAUGCUGUUACUCAGAACUUGGAUUAGUCAUGUUGGAUCAUGUUAUUGGGAACAUUUAGUAUUAUUAAUCGAGUCAACGAGGACAUCAAAUCAUCACAAAUUGGUAUGAAGUUGGCCAGUGGACCUCAAAUAGGAAAAGACUACUUGUAGGACAGUAAGCGGCACACACAAACACUAGCAAGGACAUUAGGUAUUUUAGUAGCAUGAGUUUAUCUUUACCUGAUUGCUCAUUGUCCUAGUAAAGUUUAACCGAAUGGACCUUAAGCUUAAUUCGCCGGUGUUUACUGUGUGGCUUUGGUUUUAACUUGUAACCUUUUACAAGCCAAUUGUUUGAGGAGUCGAGAUGGGUUGGUUUCAAUAAGGGCAAAGAAAUAUACCAAAAUUCACUAGUGGACGGCAAUCCUCCAAAAGGCAGGAUUUGUCUUCGGUAAAGUCAAAGUGUCUUGCUGUCCUGAAAGGCUCACUGUGGAGGAAGCUCGGUCAGUAGCAAACCCUCGCAAGGGCUCUUUCGUCAUCUGCCGUUUCCUGAAGCUCGGGAAUGCUCCGCCCCUUUAUGCUUGUAUUCAUUACCCAAGUCUCUGUUGUUCUGUUAUAGAUUUUUAUUCUUUUCUUUCGAGUAAUUUUGCAUCUACUUUGCAAUGAUUUUAGUUUGUAAGUAGGGAGGUCUACUCGAUUGUAAAUUAAAGCAAAAGGCAAAGGUUUUAGACACAACAUGCGGCAUCCCUUGAUUGGUCACCUUCAUUUCCCUGAUCUUCAUUUUAGGAGUAAAUUAGCUGUGAGCAUACUUCGAGUACAUGCCCGAAUUGAGCAAACGAAGUGGCUGCUAUUGAACUUGGUAGCUAGUUGUGUGAUGUCUUACACAUGCUAUGUAGGAUUUGGAAUAGUAGAAAUGAACCUUUUUUUUAUUGUAUCAAUUUUUUGUAUGUCUU